AUGUGGCCACAGUACAUAGUCGCUGCCUUCGAGAAGAUAAGUCCAGAAGCGGACGAAGGUGUCUUCUACGGACCCUGGAACAGCGUCCUCAACCACUGUUUCCCAAUCAACGAAGGCUACCUCAUCUGUCCUCAACUCCCCCCGGCUAUUCAAGUCCACGCCAGUUACAGUACUAACAGAGACACCAACAAUUUCAUCGUCACAUUAUCCGUCAUGAAAAAUGACGAAACCAUAUUCUUCGUCAAUGCCAAAGCUCCAAAAUAUCUUGGAAACACAUACGCAAGAUUUGCAGCCGAUGAACAAAUACGAAAACGAUUCUACCAAGGGUUCGAGAGUUCGCCCUACAAGAUGCACGGUAUCAGUGCCUUUGGCACCAACGUCUCUUUCUACGAACUGGAAAAGGAAAAUGCUGAUGGUCACUGUGGCAUUAUCAGGCCCCGGCCAGCUGCAAAGUAUUCGGAGCAAAUUCUUGUGGAUGUGAUACCUAAAAAUCGGUGGGAUCUCAAUAUACUCGAUGAGCAAGGGUAUGAGAACUUUAUGGAAGUUGUAGAGGAGGCCAAGGCUUUGGAACUUCAUGAACCUGCCAGCAGCUGCAGUUCAACAAUCGUAACCGGGUUCAAUUCGAAUUCGAAGUGUAUCAUGGUCAUUUUACCAAUUAUCAUUUCCGUUGUAAAUCUGUUGGAAUCGCAAAGCUACCGAUGUCCGUAUGACUCAAUAUGCCUACUAGUAGCUGUUCGAUUGCUGUUCGAACACCAUGCUCUUGCGCCUCACCCGGGCCGUCCCAAUCAUCAUCUGCUCAUAAAAAUAGAUUGUCAAUUUCCGAUGAUUGAAAUGAAGAGAGAAAUAAUCUGA